AUGCUUGCGACCAAUGGCGAGUCGUCAUUGGUCGGCCACUGCCACGUGAACAGCCUACGACGGAGGUUCACGACGUCGACUAGGGAUCCACGAUCGCACAGUCAGCUGCCUAAGGUCCGGUUGGCCAGUCGCAGCCAGCAAAAGUUCUUCGCAAAGAGAAUAUUUGAAAAUUCUUGUCGAUUUUCUUCGAUGAGAAGAAAAUCGAAUUACUCGCAGUCUCGAUCUCGGAGUAUUACAUUCGCGAGAUGUAAGAAUAAACUCGUAUCACCGCAACGUUCUCGUAAGUCUUAUUUACCUAGAUUUCGACAGUCCCGGCGCAAAGUUUCAAGCUUCGGGUAUUCGUGACUUUUCCCUAAGGGAACGAUCGAGAUUUCUUCUUUUUUCGAGAUAUGCUAGAAAACUAGAUUCGAAAGCCCUCUGCGCUUUCUAUUUCUCUCGAGUGAAAUUACAUUACACACGUAACCGUUGUCACGAUCGUUAUUUGUAUCAAACGUACGUUGCUAAUGUUGAAUCUUUUCUUGAUUCUAUGUCUCUGCUCCUACGACUACGCGCUGCGCUUGAUUCUUGACUUUACACGAAAAUGGCGAACGAUGAUGGAUCUCCCGUCUAUUUCGGAUCGUGCAGUAAAGUUAACGGCACUAAAAGGUACGCAUUGCUUGUGAGCUUUGUGCUUGUGAGCCCCCUGUAAAAAUAGUCGUCCCUCGUCGAAAACGAUCAUUACCUCGGACGAAAACAUGAUUAAUCCAAUUAUUUUCUUUCUUUUCUCGUAUAUCCAGAACAAAAACCACAUCUCAGUCUUUGUGUGAUGUUCUGUACAAACAAUUCGUCGAAGAACGAAUGA